UAUUUAUCUUUGCAUUUAUUACAGUUACAUUUGCUUCUCACAUGGACACACGCUUAUGGCAUCCAGUGAAUUGGUUGAAUUUUGGACGAGUACAGAAUCAUUUUUACUCGCAGUGAUAAAAUAAAUUGAUAAUUUCAAGGAAUACUCAAUGGAAUUGAGUAUAAAUGAAAUUUUGUCAGUUCGGAUUCUAAUCUAAUUUAGUGACAAGCUAUGGCUGGCGUAAUUUGAACGCGGUAGAGUUUUGUUGCAUAGGAGCAUUCGUGGUUUGAAACUAGCUAGUGUGUUAAUGUGUCCGAUUUUAAUAUGUGGCGGAACAAUUCUCACUGAGAAUUAAUCUAGAUUACAGUAAAAAGUGUAUUCUAUAGUUUUAUGAAGGCAAAGUUGGAUAUCCGGGAUUUGAAUUUGUGCGAUGCGGAUUUGAAAGAGAGCAUCCAUCUUCCAAGUUCUGAUAUCAAAAUCCUGUGGGAUCGGGUCGCAGCCCAUUUCAGAUCAUGAAAUGUCGCUCGUUGCUCGAUGAAUCCUUUAUUAGUGUAUCAGUGAUGUGUUUUAGACGCUACCUGUAGCUUGAAAUGGCGCAGAAAGAGUUUAUAAAAAGAAUGCUAGGCCGAACUUUAGCUUUUUGCGUGUUGUGUUUGAGUUCACUCCUACAUACUCUAGCACCUGCUCAAGCCUUCGUUUUAUUAUCUUCGUAUCCUGCUUUGAGUCGUCAGUAUGAGGUUGGUACGGCGUACGAGUACAGCUACGAGACGUCGGUGCUUCUCAACGAACCUCAACCCAAGCCCGUCUCUUCAGCCAAAGACGUUGGCUUUAAACUGAGAGGGAAAGUUCAAGUAACUCCCGUAUGGCAGCACUCGAACAAUCCUCACGAACAAUUACUUCGGAUAACGGUGGAGUCCUCGAAGCUGUCGGUCAAGGCCCGGCAAGGUCCGACGCCCGAAGGUUUCGUGGACAAAUCCUCGCGGGUCGAUGCCUUCAGGAACGAUCCCAUCUUCGUCUGGUGGAGCUCAGGGAGGAUCAACAAAAUUUUUUCUGUGAAAGGGGAAGACAUUUCAAGCGUCAAUAUGAAGAAGGGUAUUGCCAGUAUUUUGCAGGUGCAGACGAGUGUAGUAGAGAGAGAAGAAGUCGACGCUUCGGGUCGUUGUCACGUUCACUACGUGACGGGAGACCCUGGCAAAAUAGUCAAGCUCAAAAGCAACUGCAUUCCUCUUAAUUUACCGAUUUUCUAUAACCACACCAACGAGGUCCUCGGGGCUGAAAUUCGCAGCACUGCUAGUGUGAGCUACGAAUUGCGACCAGCGGACGGAGUUAUCAUGCAGGCCACUGGUCUCGAAACCCAUUUUCUGCGGGUGGUGGCUCGCAAAACUUCGGCCUCGGAAGUAAUAAGCAGAAUAACGCUCCAAUUUACCGGAGAGAAAAAAACGAGCGUGAGUUCCCCCGUUGGUGCCACCGAAUCAGAAGUAAUUCGAGAUCUUUCCAAAAAGACUAAGUUGGACCUGGAGGCCGGAGAUUUGACUUCUAGGGAAGACGUCCGGGAUUGCAUCGCCUGUAAAUCGCUCGCGGAUCUCGUGGCGAACUUUAGAAGUGCGCUUAAUGCCAAUAACCUCGGAUCACAAAGUUCUGCGUUGGCUUUCAUAAGACUAUUGAGGAAAAUGAGGGAGAGUUCAGAGGCCACCAUCAAAGCGAUCUUGACUUCGAAGAAGAACAAUAAAAUUCUGCUGCAACUCUUGGACAUCGUCGCCAGCACCCAGACGUCGGCAAGUCACAAAGCUGCCAUGGGUUUUCUUAACUUCCAAGAAGAACGUAAAAUUCUCCUGCCCGAGCGAUACCUCCUGACUGCGUCGCUGGCUACACACCCGUCAGCCGAGUCCAUCAACGAUUUCUUUAACCUCGUCAAGAGAGGAGUGAGCAACAAGCAUUUGUACGAGACGCUUGUUUACACCGUGGCUUCACUUGUGAAGACCUAUUCCAGGAUGCCGGAUAACGCUGACAAGCCGUUAAUCGCUGAAGCUUCCUCGUAUUUCCAAGAGAAAUUGGGCAAUUGCGACGGCACUCCGUGCACUAUGCUGUACGUGUCCGCCUUGAAGACUCUGCAGCAGAAGCAGUCGAUCCCUCUGCUCUUGGACGUCGUGCGCAAGGCCCCGAAGAAGGCUGCUAUAAGUGCUAUGCGCGCCAUUCAAACAAUGCCCAGCAACUUUAUAGAUGAUCGAAUAAUCAAGCAACUGGAGAAAAUUUUCUUUGGACUUGAUAGACGGCAUGACUCUUCGGUAAAAAUCAUCGCCGCUGAUAUGCUCCUGCAACACACGCCUUCGGAAGAGUUCUUAAAAAUGCUCCUGUUGCAAAUCCGAGAUCAGAAAAACAAAGAAGUUAAUACAGUCCUUCUAUCGAAGAUACGUGACAUGAUGGAUAAAGGAAACCAGGAAGUUUCUGAGGUAUUCAGGAAAGUUAUCAGAUCGCCAGAAGUUGGCAACUACCACGUGCUAGGCCAGAACGGCCUGUCGUCAGCCUUCUCCCGCCCUUUCACAGCCGGCUCCCUCAACGCCGCAAAUGCUUCUUUUUCCAACGUUCUUGAGAUCAACGGAGGCCUUUUGAAGCGCUCAACUGUCGAUGUUUUCGUCCGCAACCACAACGAAAGCAUGCGACUGCUCUCGUUCGGCAUGUUUGCUGGUGGUCUGGACAUGUUCGGUGGAGGAUCAGAAGACGACGACGUCACUGAAGAAGACCAACAGGAAGUCGAGGAUGCCAAUGCUGGCAUCGAAAUAACUCUCAUGGAUACUCAAUUACGACCGUACGUCUUCUUCACCAGCAAAAGUGAACUCAUGGGUCAUGUUUGGUCUGGAACUGCUUCAGAACGAACUACUGCACUCCAGGGUUCUGCUCUUCUCCAUGAUCACCUCCAGCGUGUGCCGCUACAGAAUGGAUUUACUAUCGAGAUGCUCCUUACAGGCUCAAUAUCUUACGACUUUGCCGGCCAAGUUCAAAUUUCCCUAUGGAACCAAAACGCUCAUAGUCUCGUUGAAAUUGGCGCUGGUAUGAUCAUACAAGGACAAGCUCGAGUGGACACGAGCUUUGUUCAAACCAUGAUCGAGUUCAAUACGGGUGUACAAACCAGGCUGGAUUUCGUCUCGGAUCUGGAGUUCGGCAGCGGAGUGGCCAUGUGCAUGCAAAUGAGUCAGCCAAACUACGAGAUAAUCGAGAACGUACGCAAGCUGGAACGUAUACCUGGCAGCAAUUAUGUGCUGCGCAAGUACAAAAAACGAACAAUACCAGGGCCGGGAAAAACUUAUGUAAUGAACAAGAAGAAUAGCCUUUUAUGCAAUAAAAUGUUUGGUAGCGAAGAACGUUGAGAUUUUUUAAGUAAACCAGUAAUAUACCCCACAUAUAUGUUCUGUUGUACAUUGAUUGCAUGUGUGAAUAGAUAAGAAUGGCAUUAUCUAUUGUGUGUAUAAAGCUCUCCGUAUUGUACGUUAAAACAUUUCCUGUCAUUAUAUUCUCAUUAUUAUAUUAAUUUCAUGGUAAAAGUUUAGUCCUGAGGACCAUUUUUUUAUAUAUGACAAUUUUUUCUGCUGUCGCAUGUUAGGAUAGGCUGCAGGCUAGCUGAGAAACUCAGCGGGACGCUUUCGCCUAGUGUGUUGUUUCAAGAAUUGAAUGUUAUGAAUUUCAGUGCAAUGCCAUGCUAAAAUUUUUUCAUUAAUGUUCAGCGUUUUCGAAAUGAAAUGUUCAGUGUUUUUGAAAUGAAUUGUUCAGUGUUUUAUGUUGUUCGAGUGUUUUUGACUCUGGCUUGAUGUUGUUGGAGUGUUUUUUUUUUUUUACUCUGGCUUGAUGUUGUUGGAGUGUUUUUGUCUCGGGCUUGAGGUUGUCGAUGAAUUUAUCUUGAAAAUUAAUAGCUGGCUCUCUCUGUCCUAGCGUAAAAAAAUGAGGGAAGAGACAAAACUUAUUCGUACCCAUGUUCAAAAAAAUAAGUGAAGUGCUCGCAAUUUAAUAUGCAUUGCAAUGAUAAUUGGCAAGUAACAUCACGGUUUAGUGGCCGUCAAGUUCAGUUGAUAUUUUUUUAAGAUCGUUUGUGAUAUUCCAUGACAUUUAUGAUUGUUUUGAGUUGCCUUCUGAGUUGCUUCGUUUGAUCACUUACAUUUUCGUGUCAUGUGCUGCUUCCAUAUCCUCUGAUUCAUUCCUAAAAAAUUGUAAUAUUCUUCAUUUUAAAGAAUACGAGUGUCGUUAAAGCCGCCAAGACGAGCAAACAGGUCAAAAUGUUCCGCAAUUCGGGUGUAUAUAUGCAUUUUAAUUCGCAAGUUAUUAUAACCAUCAAGUUAUUCCACGUUGUAGAACUUUUCAAUAAUUGUGAUAUGAAAUAAAGUGAAUGCUCAAU